UAUGAGUUGAAACAUAAGUUGAGAGUCUAAAUAAUUGAUUGUAUCGUUCUUUAGUUAUAAGUCAUAUAAAAUAUUAUACUUUUUUAAAAUGCUGAUAUUAAAAAAUAUAAAUAAAAUUUCUUUGAUCAACCAACGAUUGUAUAGUUCUAAAGUAAAAUUAAAUGAUGUCGUUAUAGUUAGUGCAACUAGAACACCUAUGGGAUCAUUUCUUGGAGAAUUAUCUGGUUUAUCUGCACCAAAACUUGGAGCUAUAACUAUACAAGCAGCAGUAGAACGAGCUGGAAUUUCCAAAGAUAAAAUUACAGAAAUAUAUAUGGGAAAUGUUUGUCAAGCUUUUUUGGGUCAAGCACCAGCAAGACAAGCUACAUUAUUUGCAGGACUUCCUAAAUCAACAAUAUGCACAACAGUUAAUAAAGUUUGUGCCAGUGGCAUGAAAAGCAUUAUGCUUGCUUCUCAAUCAUUACAAUGUGGACAUCAAGAAAUUGUUCUUGCUGGUGGUAUGGAAUCAAUGUCUAAUGUACCAUUUUAUUUUCCUCGAAAAGUUAAAUAUGGAAGUAUAAAAUUAGAGGAUGGUAUUAUAUUUGAUGGUUUAACUGAUGUUUAUAAUAAAUUUCAUAUGGGAAAUUGUGCAGAAAAUGUUGCUAAAAAAUUAAAUAUUACUCGUGAUGAACAAGAUGAAUAUGCUAUUAACAGUUAUAAACGCAGUGCUGCAGCAUAUAUAAACAAAAUAUUUCAAAAUGAACUUGUUUCUGUUCCUGUGCCUCAAAAAAAAGGCAAUCCUAAUAAAAUAAUUAAUGAGGAUGAAGAAUAUAAAAAAGUUGAUUUUGUUAAGUUUGCAAAAUUGAAUACAGUUUUUCAGGAAAAUGGUACAAUAACUGCUGGAAAUGCAUCAACUUUAAAUGAUGGAGCUGCUGCAUUAAUUUUGACAACUACAACUAUUGCUGAAAAAAUGAAUUUAAAACCUUUAGCACGAAUUAUUGCAUUUCAAGAUGCUGCAAUUGAACCUAUUGAUUUUUCUAUCGCACCAUCUUUUAGUAUUUCUAAGUUAUUAAAAAAUACUGGAGUUAAUAAAAAUGAUAUAGCUCUUUGGGAGAUUAAUGAAGCUUUUAGUGUAGUAGUAAUUGCAAAUCAAAAAUUAUUAGAUCUUGAUCCUAAUAAAGUGAAUAUUCAUGGUGGUGCUGUAUCUCUUGGUCAUCCUAUUGGUAUGUCUGGAGCUCGUAUUGUGGUACAUUUAGUACAUGCUUUAAAAACUGGAGAAAAGGGUAUUGCAUCUAUUUGCAAUGGAGGUGGUGGUGCUUCAUCAAUCUUAAUUGAAAAAUUGUGA